UUUCUUCCCUUGAGAUUUCCGGCAACGCGCCGGGCUGUCGUGCGACUGCGAUCGACCUCCGGUCGCGCCAUGAUCAUCGUCCGCUCCGUGACGGGGGAGGUCUUGCACGAGAGGCCGGUGCCGGAGGAUAAGUCCGCAGUGACGGCAAGCAGCCUCAGGCAGCAAGUUUGUAAGGGGAGAUACUUCUUGUGCACGCUGCUGCAGGAGAACGGCUCCGAGUUGGAGGACUUCGUGGAUGUCGCGACGCUUUUGAAGCCGGAGCUCACCGUGGUGCGGCAGACCCCCGUGUGGUCCCCGGAUUUGUUGGCGGCGGCGCGGCGCGGGGACUUCAUGGCCGCGGGCCGGGCCCUCAGAGCGGGGCGCGCGGACCCCGACUCCGCGGACGAGCGUGGCUGGACGGCGCUGUGCUUUGGGGCUGCGGCGGGGGAUGAGUCCAUGGUGCGGCUCCUGCACAAGGCCUCCGCCGACCUGAGCCUGGAGGGGCCGGAUGAGCAGACGCCCCUCUUCCUGGCGGCCGAGCAAGGACGCCUGAGUCUGGUGCAGUAUCUACUGGAACACAGGUGUGACGCCAACAAGGUUGACUUCUAUGGCAUGUCUCCGUUGCAGGCGGCCUGCGGCCGGGGGCUGCGCGCGGUGGCGCGGGCCCUCUGCGACGCCCGCGCGGCGCUGGAUCUGAGGGACGAGGAUGGCGAGACUGCGCUGAGCGCAGCCUGCCGAUUGGGCUCUGUGGCUGAACCUGUGGUGCGGCUGCUCUUAGAGCAGCGCGCCGACGUGGGGCUCCUCGACGUCUCGCUGGAGCUGUCGCCCGAGGCGCAGCAGGUGCUGCCGCCCGCCGAACGGGCGGAGUACGCCUUUGGCCUCAGCGAGCGGAAAGCGAGCCGAGACCGCGAUGCCAGCCUGGCGGCGACCGGCCUUAAGGGUUUGCCCUUGGCUCUCGUGGCGGAACAGGGCCAACAGCGGAAGCUCUUUUGCCCGUCCGAGCGGCGAACCCGCCACGGGAAGGGCCCUUGCACGCUGCUGGUGGAGUUCACCGACGACGAGUGA